CCCCGCCCCGACCGGUCCCGCGCUGGCCCAGGCCCUGCCCGGCCCGCGGCGGCGGCGGCGGCCCCGCAGCAAAGGGCCUGACACGCUGGCACAAUGUGAUGUUUGAUGGCAGCUUCACUGGAUAGUAAACCAUUACUCCAGACUCCAGGGAUUGCACAAGUGAGGAUGGAUCAGACUCUCAACAGGUUGCUUGCAAUGAUGCUUUACUGGAGACAGCCAUCUGGCUUUUGAGGAGGUGGAUUAAGACUCCCAACUCAACUCAUGCCAGUUGUGAAGGAGCAACAUCACUUGGAUAUGGUCCGUUCUCUGAUCUCUCCCCCUGCUCAGGAGUGGGGACUGACUUGGGGCUGGUGCCCUAGAGGUGCCUGUUGCUACGUUGUAGAACUCUGAAGAUGUCAAGUAGCAACACGACCCAGGAGACUCUAGAAAUAAUGAAAGAGUCAGAAAAAAAGGUGGUUGAAGAAUCUGUGAACAAAACCAAAUUUGUGUCCAGGUCACCAAGCAAGGAGGAGGCGGAAAAGGAUGGAGGGGAGGAGAUCAACGUGCGUCAGGAAUCUCAGAGGCGAACUUCAAGUCAUGGACAUGCCAGAAAAAGAGCGAAGUCUAAUUCAAAGCUUAAACUGGUCAGGAGUUUGGCUGUAUGUGAAGAAUCAUCUAGCCCCUUUGUAGACGGGCUGCUGGAGUCCCAGGACAUCAUUCAGUUGCACAUUAGCUGCCCCUCUGACAAGGAAGAGGAAAAAUCCAUGAAAGAUGGAGCUGAAAAAGAAGAAAAAGACAAGAAUAAAGAAAAGGCACCAAGGAAAAUGCUGUCUCGAGAUUCCAGCCAGGAAUAUACAGACUCCACUGGAAUAGAUUUGCAUGAAUUUUUAGUAAAUACACUGAAAAAAAACCCAAGGGAUAGAAUGAUGCUGCUAAAGUUAGAACAGGAGAUUCUGGAAUUUAUUAGCGAUAACAACAAUCAGUUUAAGAAGUUCCCUCAGAUGACCUCAUAUCACAGGAUGCUGCUGCACCGGGUAGCUGCCUACUUCGGCAUGGACCAUAAUGUUGACCAAACUGGGAAAGCAGUCAUUAUCAACAAGACCAGUAACACACGAAUCCCUGAGCAGAGAUUCUCUGAGCACAUCAAAGAUGAGAAGAAUGCAGAGUUCCCACAGAGAUUCAUUCUAAAACGGGAUGAUACCAGCAUGGACAGAGAUGAUAAUCAGAUCAGACUCCCCUUGCAGGAUGGGAGAAGGAGCAAAUCUAUAGAAGAGCGAGAGGAAGAGUAUCAGCGGGUCAGGGAGCGGAUAUUUGCACGAGAGACUGGCCAGAAUGGAUAUCUCACUGACAGCAGAAUCUCCAAAGAAGGCUUUUCUUCUAGUUCUCACAAACGGAGGCAGAUUUUUAGGGGCAACCGGGACAGUUUGAACCGGGCCUCAGGCAGCCGUCAGAGCAGCACAGAGAGUGAGAUAAAGUCACUGGAGCCUCGGCCAUGGAGCAGCACAGACUCAGAUGGCUCCAUCCGCAACCUGCGACCACCUGUCACCAAAGCCAGCAGCUUCAGUGGCAUCUCCAUCCUGACACGAGGGGACAGCAUUGGGAGCAGCAAAGGCAGCACUGCCAGCAGAACAUCCCGGACAGGUCUGGUACUAGGUGCCCCUGACGCAUGUAGCCAGUCUGCCUCUUCACAGCCCGGCCGUGGCCUCCUGCCGUGCGCAGCCCAACAGCCUCAACCACAGUCACCACAACAGCCACAACCACAGCCACAAGGACUUCCACCCACAGCCCAGCAGCAGCCAGCCAUGAGUAACCAUAUGAUAUCGCAGGGUGACGAACUCAGCAACCCCUUUGGGCAGAUCAGCCUCAGCCGGCAAGGCUCCACAGAAGCACCAGAUCCUUCCUCGGCCAUGUUCCAGUCAUCCCUCAUCUCCCAGCAUCCUCAGCAGACAGGAUUCAUCAUGACAUCCCCUGGGCAGCCCAUUCCCACCUCCAACUACUCUGCCUCAGGGCACACGGCCCCCACGCAGCAGGUGCUGCAGCCCCAGAGCUACAUUCAGCCUCCCCAGCAAAUUCAGGUUUCUUACUACCCUCCUGGGCAGUACCCAAACUCCAGCCAGCAAUACCGAUCUCUCAGUCACCCAGUGGCCUACAGCUCCCAGCGCACUCAGCAGCUCCCCCAGCAGUCUCAGCAGCCUGGUUUACAGCCGAUGAUGUCCAACCAGCAGCAAACAUACCAAGGUGUAAUGGGAGUGCAGCAGGCACAGCCCCCUGGCCUCCUCAACAGCCAGAGGAACAGCAUGGGGGGCCAGAUGCAGAGUAUGAUGGGAGUGCAGCAGGCGCAGCCCCCCGGCCUCCUCAGCAGCCAGAGGAGCAGUAUGGGGAGCCAGAUGCAAGGCCUGAUGGUCCAGUACAGUCCACUGCCUUCAUACCAGGUCCCUGUAGCCAAUGAGUCCCAGAAUGUGGUCCAGCAGCCCUUCCAGCAGCCAGUGCUUGUACCAGCCAGCCAGUCUGUUCAGGGCGGGCUUCAAACUGGAGGGGUUCCCAUCUACUACAGCGUCAUCCCAACUGCCCAGCAGAACGGCACCAGCCAUUCAGUGGGGUUUCUUCAGCCGCCUGGCUCCGAACAGUAUCAGAUGCCACAGUCCCCCUCACCCUGCAGCCCGCCACAGAUGCAACAGCAAUAUUCAGGGGUGUCUCCAUCGGGCCCUGGUGUGGUUGUGAUGCAGCUGAAUGUACCCAAUGGCCCCCAGCCCCCCCAGAAUCCUCCUGUGGUGCAGUGGAGCCACUGUAAGUACUACAGCCUGGACCAGCGGGGGCAGAAGCCAGGAGACCUGUACAACCCAGACACCAGUGCUCAGGCCAGCGCCCAGUUGAACAGCCCCAUCACGUCUCCCACCCAAUCCCCAACACCGUCUCCUGUCACCAACCUCAACAGUGUCUGCACGGGGCUGAGCCCCCUCCCGGUCCUCACACAGUUCCCUCGACCCAUGGGCCCAGCACAAGGCGAUGGGCGUUACUCAUUGCUGGGCCAGCCGCUGCAGUAUAAUCUGUCUAUCUGUCCCUCACCCUUGCUCCACAACCAGCCCAACUACAGUGCACACCAGGGACAGACUGGAAUGAAACAUGGAAACCGAGGCAAGAGACAGGCCCUCAAGUCAGCAUCCACUGAUCUUGGGACAAGUGACGUAGUGCUGGGCCGAGUGCUGGAGGUGACAGACCUGCCUGAGGGCAUCACGCGGACAGAGGCUGACAAGCUCUUUACCCAGCUCGCCAUGGCUGGUGCCAAAAUCCAGUGGCUCAAAGAGACUCAGGGGCGGCGUGGAGAUGGAGGCGGGGACAGCAACGGGACUCCAGAGAAUGGCAGGCACAGUGACCUUGCUGCCUUAUACACCAUCGUGGCCGUGUUCCCCAGCCCACUGGCUGCUCAGAACGCCUCCCUCCGCCUCAACAACUCCCUCAGCCGCUUCAAGCUACGAGUGGCCAAAAAGAACUACGACUUGCGGGUGCUGGAGCGUGCCAGCUCGCAGUAGGGCUCAUGUAUGGGCAUAGAGCACACUGGACCGCGGGCGCUUCCCUCUGCCUUCUCUCUUCCUUUCUGCCCUCCCUUCCUCUUGCCCUCCUUCCUGGAUAUAUUUAUAUGGACAUAAUUAAGAGACAAGAAAUUGAUUUUUUUUUUAAUUUUUGGAGUGAUGCCCAUGCCCGCCCACCCUACCCUGUGUAUAUUGUUUUGUUAAGCACUGUGUUGAACCGCACAUACAGGUGUUGAUUGGUAUGUUCACUGCACAUUUUAUUUAAUCUGAUUAUUAUUUGGGGGGAGGUAUUUUUGUUUCUGUUUUUGAUUUAUUUUGAGGGAGUUGUUUUUAAAUAUAAAAAG